GUUUUCAUUCGGGUCCCUCUGUGAUUCUGCCUCUCUUCCCCUCUUUGUGCAGAUCUGAUCUGAAGCCGAAACGGUGAGAAACUCUGCGUUCGGAGUUGCCUUUCAUCAAUUUUUAAAGUGCAUAUCAACUUAAAAUGGCUGGCAGAACUCAUAUCCCCACUAAGAGCUCAGCACUUAUUGCCAUGAUUGCUGAUGAGGACACUGUAACUGGAUUUUUGCUGGCUGGAGUGGGCAACGUUGACUUGCGGAGAAAGACAAAUUAUCUUAUUGUUGAUUCAAAAACAACAGUGAAAGCAAUUGAAGAUGCAUUCAAAGAGUUUACCGCAAAGGAGGACAUUGCAGUUGUCUUGAUAAGCCAAUAUGUUGCAAACAUGAUAAGGUUUCUAGUUGAUAGCUACAACAGGCCAGUUCCAGCUAUUUUGGAAAUCCCUUCCAAGGAUCAUCCUUAUGACCCUGCUCAUGAUUCGGUUCUUUCACGAGUGAAGUACCUUUUCUCUACUGAAUCUGUGGCAUCAGGAAGGCGAUGAUUGUUGAGUAUUUUCAUGUGGUUUGCACACAAGGACUACAUGGUUUGUUUUAGAAAGGAUCCUCGAAUGGUCAAUUGGACUGUAGCAAUCUGAAUUCCAGAAGUCUGCAAUGAGAUCUGAAGUUAGUUUGGGCGAAUUGCAUCAGUGCCUUGCCACUCUUGAACGCAUUUAUGUUUAGGAAUAUUUCGUGGUCGUGGAUAUUUUACUUUGGCAGCUCUGCGUGCUGUCAAGCUUUCGUUUUGUUUUAAGGUUUAGCCCCCUUUGUUCUGUGAAUAUGUAGGGGAAAAUGACAUGGAAUAGGGGUACGAUUACCAACAAAAUCAGGAACUCAACUCCUUUAUGACUUUUAAGCUCUUUUCAUUACUCUGCUUGUGGAAUCGGAUUGGAUGUGAUUUCCCUUUUGUCUUAUUUAA